CUGGGCUGUUGCCAUAGAGACGCGGCUGACAGGAUGCUAGCUUGAUGGACGUCUUCUUCAUAAUGUCACAAUAAUAAUAAUGAUGUGACUCGACGCGAGCAGCUGUCGGGAUGUCUCAGUUGUCCGCUGAAGAGGAGCUGGAGCUGCAGUCUCUGCUCAAGCAGCUCCUGAUCAGCGUCAACGAAAAGAUCUCUGGAGCGCCCUCGACCGAAUGCGCUGAGGAGAUCCUCCUCCACCUGGAGGAGACCGACAAGAACUUCCACAAUUAUGAGUUUGUCAAGUACCUCCGUCAGUAUGUGGAAAGCUCUCUGGGGACAGUGGUGGAGGAGGAGACCAAGAGCUUGACCAGAGGAGAGGGACAACAUGCAAUCGGCUCAGGGCACGACACCCUGAUCCACGCCAUCACCCGCAGGACCAGGGACUCAGCUGAGUACCAGCAGAUGAUGCAGCCCUUAAAAAACACCAUGAUCAUCAUCGUUGAGUCUCUGAUCAACAAGUUUGAGGAGGACCAGAUGAGGAAGGAGGAGAUGCACAGAGAGAGGCAGCACAGUCAGUCAAACAGCCAAUACCAUGACAACUGCUCCGAUAGCGACUCCUCCUUCAACCAGAGUUAUGCAUUCAUCAGACAAGAGCAGCUGCAGGUCUUGGCUGAGAAACUCGACUCCAGCCAACCCAAAGAGGUGCGCUGGCAGGCUCUUCAGGUCCUGUGCUGUGCCCCCCCCUCUGACGUGCUGAGCUGUGAGAGCUGGAGCAGCCUGCGCAGGAAGCUCUGUGCGGCUCUGACUGAGCCCGACCCAGAUCUCAGUGAUAACGUGCUGCAGUUCUUUGCUAAAAGCUUCUCCUCCUCUCCACUGAAUGUGACUCGUGAGAUCUACACCAGUCUGGCUAAAAGUGUGGAGGCGAGUUUUGAGUCUCAAAAGCUGAGUUUCCCAACGGGCUCAGCCGACCUGGACAUCAACAGACCUGAAGUCAGUCGUCUUCUCAAACAGAUUCGAUUGAUGAAUGACUUUCAAAAGGAGGUGACGACUUUUUGGAUCCGUCAUCCAGAGAAGUAUAUGGAGGAAAUUAUAGAGAGCACUUUCUCCCUGUUGUCCCUCCAUCAUGAACAUGGGACAGAGAAAGUUCUGGAACCAAUUCAUCUACUGGCUUUACUGGAUAUCAAAGCUACCUGGUUUAAUAAGUGGAUGCAUGGCUACUACAGCAGGACGGUGGUUCUCAGACUCCUGGAGAGAAAAUACAAAUCUCUGAUUGUCGCAGCUCUUCAGCGAUGCAUCCAUUACAGUGAAUCCUGCUUCGCCAAUGACACAACUGAUCCCCAAUCAGCAGAGCAGCAGAGCAAUGUCCAAAGGAGCGUUUAUUCGGGAGAGGAGCUGGAAUACGCCGUCUUCGUCCACUCCCUGUGUUUCCUGGGAAAACUCCUCAUCUACACCAAUGGAAGAAGUCUCUUCCCGGUCAAAGUGAAGAAGCGCAAAGACCCCGUCAGCCUGAUAGAGCUCGUCGUCAUCCUGAUUCACAUCAUGUACCAACACCCCGAGCCUCCUCUCAGUGACUCCUCAAAAACAGACUCCCUGUGGCCCGGCGGCCUGGUGAUGGACGUGCUGUGGACGGUGUGUGAGAGGACAGAGUGUGCUGCAGAGUGUCUCUACCAGCCGGCUGUCAUAGAGACACUACUGGCUCCUGUCAUAGCUCUGCUCAACGGACAGCAGUGCAAACUAAAGUCUCCUGCAGCAACACUGACGCUCAUCGCUGACAUUCUGGCUCGCAUCGCAAACACCGACAGAGGAUUAGCUCUCUUCUUACACGAGAAGAACCUGCUGGUGGCGCACAGCGAGAGAACCAGUGCCGCUCUUGUCGUUGUGCAGUUCACCCUGAGGCUGCUGAAUAAGGAUGUGUCAUCGCUAAGUGAAUGUGAUGCAUCCCAUGCAUUGUGUGGAGCUUUUAUCUUUGUGUGUAGGCAGAUAUACAACACCUGUGAGGGUCUGCAGGUCCUGCGACCUCACGGCCUGCACACGGCUGUGGCCGCUGCAUGGAAAAAGACAAGAACCUCGUCAGAGAGGGAACCGACCCCGGAACCGGAGGCUGGAGCCUCCACCCAGGACCUGCAGAACAUACUCAUGUGGGAGGAGACCCUGUUGGACAGCCUGCUGAAUUUCACUGCGACUCCCAAAGGCCUGCUGCUGCUCCAGCAGACGGGGGCCAUCAAUGAAUGUGUCUCCCACAUGUUCUCUCGCUUUACUAAAAAACUACAGGUGAGCCGCUGUGAGAAGUUCGGCUAUGGGGUGAUGGUGACGCAGGUGGCAGCAACCGCUCCUGGGGUGGCGGCUCUGCAUCGUUCAGGCUUCGUGCGGGCGCUGGUGCUUGAGCUGUGGUCGGCACUGGAAUGUGGAAGUGAAGACGUGAGGGUGGUGCGUCCCAGACCGACGCCCAUGGACCCCAUCGACAGGAGCUGCGUUAAGUCCUUCCUGGCCUUGGUCAACCUGCUCUCGUCCUCCCAGUCCGUAUGGGAACUGGUGGCUCGACAGCCUCUAGCCAACAAGAGUGAAUACACCCUGAGAGAAAUGCCAACCUCCAUUCCUGAUUUGAUUGACAGGCUGAUUGCUGUGAAUUCAGAAGCAAAGAUUCAUUCGCUGUUCCACUAUGAGCAGUCUCACACGUUUGGCCUGAGACUGCUCAGCGUGCUGUGCUGUAAUCUGGACUCCUUCCUGCUGCUGGAGAGCCAAUACAACAUCUGCUCCAUGCUGCUGCACAGUCAGAGGGACAACAUGACCGAGCCAGACGCCAGCCACGGGGAGUUCAUCAUCGACAGUCUCUCAGUGGAGAGGAAUCACGUGCUGGUCCGUGUCAGUGUGGUCGGGGGUCCCGCUGAGAGGAGGCUUCCUCCCCGAGCUCUGCAAGAGGGUGAUGAUCCUUAUCCCUGGCCCAUGUUCUCAAGCUGCCCUCCACCUCGCUGCUACUCCUCAGACCCACCGAGGAUCCUCCAGCACUCACUGGACUCUGAGAUCGGUGCAUUCCUGGCAUCACCAGUAGAACCAGAGAGUGAGGAGAGCUGGAUGGAGACCUGCCGUCGUCACUACUGCAGAGUCAUGACCUCCGAUCCCAGCAUCGUGACUGGAAAGGUGCUGGCUGACCUUCUGGACAAGGUGGUCGUCCAUCUAUCCAGCUCCGCCACAGAGCGCUUCUUCUCUGCAGCUCAGUACAAAGGAGAGGAGAAGAGUGUGAAGAGCGCGGUGUUAUCGUCCGUGGAGCAGCUGGGGAUCAACACGUGUGUCAGGUACAGCCGACACCUCAAGCUACUGGAGGAUGACGCUGAGCACGACUUGACGCUGCUCAUGAAGAACCUGAAGAUCUUCUUGUCCUCUCAGAGAGUUAAAUCUUCCUCAGAGCUCAUCACUCAGCAGGAUGGUUAUCCGGGCCACGACUGGCUGGCCUCCACGGUGUUCCUCAUCAUGGCUGGAGAUCCGGAGAGAUCUCUGCGUUGGCUGCUCGGCCUCUCCUCUCUGCUCACCUCCGCAUUCAUCUGGCCUGCAGGGAUACACGCAUCUGUGCACGUGGCUGUGGAAGCAGCCGAGUCAGGAAUCCCCCCCGUCUACUGGUGUACGGCUCAUUACGUGGAGAUGCUGCUGAAGGUCGAGGUUCCUCUGGUCCACUCGGCGUUCAGGAUGUCGGGUUUCACUCCCUCACAGAUGUGCCUCCACUGGCUGACGCAGUGUUUCUGGAACUACCUGGACUGGUCAGAGAUCUGCCACUACGUCUCCACCUGUGUGGUGAUGGGUCCCGACUACCAGGUGUAUCUGUGCGUCGCCAUUUUCAAACACCUGCAGCCGGAGAUUCUGCAGCACACACAGUCCCAGGAGCUGCAGAUCUUCCUCAAGGAGGAGCCGAUUCGAGGCUUCAAGUUCAGCAACUACCUGGAGUUCAUGGAGCGACUGGAGAGAAGCUACAGAGACAUCGUCCUCACCGACAUGAAAACUCUCCGAGGCUCUGUAGGGUAGGAACACGUAGAGACACUCUGCACAGAGAGAACUUUGUGUAAAGCUGCGUCUGAACUUCCCUGACGAAGAACCUGUGAGACAGGAAACGCUGAAUAACUCAUCUUAUUGUGAAUCGUGUAAAUGCUUUGUUUUGAAUUCUGUGUUUAGUCUCCUCUACGAUUUAAACAUCUCAAUUUCUACCUAA